GUUAAGCACGUGAUGAACCAUCUGAAGGGUGAAGUGAAAGAGGCAUGCGCCUUUCCUGGUUUCAUCAUCCCUUUAGAGGUUCUGGCUUUUGAGUGUAUUCCGGAUCUGGGGAAGACGUUUAGAAUCUAUUCAGAGGACGCCAGUGAAGAAUGUCCAAGGAUGUGUAAGAGCCGGUUUACAAAGUCCAGUCUUAGGGGUUAUCCUUUGGAAGACAUAUAUGCUGCUGUUGGAGAAACAAAGGUUAUCAACAGUGUCUUAGUUCCAACUAUUGGUGAGCAAAUUAUGCUGGCUCGUAUCAUUGAUGAGGAGCGAGAGUAUGACCGUCAGGGCAGCCCAAGUGAUACUUGGAACUACUGGUUAAAUGUGAAGCAGAAGAAUAUUUGGUGGGAAGAGCUAUAUGAGUUGGAUCAAGCUGCACGAGGAGUGUUGCCAAAAAAGAAAGACAAAGAGAAGGUGACGUUUGCAGAAGGAUCAUCCUCUAAUUCUGGAUUAGAUUCGAGGUUGCAAGGUCUGGAAGAGAGGAUUUUGGAGUUCAUGGGAGAAAGAUUUGUUGGACUUCACGUCACGGUGGAGACAAUGUUAGAGGCUCAAAGCUCAAGGAUGAGUGUUCUUGAAAAGAACCAGCGGCUUUUGAGAAGAAGGGCUAAGAAAAUAGAAGAUAGGCUAACUUCUAUUGAGAGUAAAGUGGAGCCGAGUCAUGGUGAAGACAUGGAUUUUCGACAGUGGGACAAUGAUACAUAUGAAGAGAAGGACAAAGCUUGUUCUGAGAAGGAGAAAGCUAAUGCUGAGCACGAGGCUGGAAAAGAAAAGGAUAACAUCGAGAAUACUGAGGAAGAGGGUGAGAAAGAGGCUGAUGACAAUGCUCAGCAAGAGGGUGAGAAAGAGAAGGAAAAUAGUGAGGCUGAUGAGGAAGAAGACAGUGAGAGUGAAAGUGAAGAGUUGAAGCAAAUGAAGGAGAGAAGUAGAAGACAAGCUGCUAAAUUGUGGAAGGAAAUUGCGAAUGAGGAAAAGAUUGGAGGGAAACAUGAUGAAGAAGAAAGUGAAGAGAAAGAAGCUGAAACCAGUGAGGAAAAGGAUGAGAACAAUGAUGAGAAAGAUGAAGAAAAAGUGGUGGAAUCUGAGGCUGAAGGAGAAGAUGAUCAAGUAGAGGUUGGAGGGAAAGAGGAUCAAGAAGAAGAAGUUGAAGGGAAGGAGGAUGAAGAAGAAGAAGUUGAAGGGAAAGAGUCUGAAACCAGGGAGAAAGAAAAGGAGAAAAAUGAGACUGAGGAGGUGGAAUCAGAAGCACGGGAGACAGAGAUAGAAAAAGGAACUCCGACACCACCACGUGGGAAUCAGACAGAGAGAACUCCCAAAGAUGAUGACAAUGAGCCUCGGGUUGAGCCUCGGGUUGAGACGAACAGAACCGGUGAAACUCCAACACCACCACAUGGGAGUCAGUCAGAGGGAACUCCCAAAGUUGAUAACACUGAGCCUCGGGUUGAGACAAACAGAACCGGUGAAACUCCAACACCACCACGUGGGAGUCAGUCAGAGGGAACUCCAACACCGCCACGUGGUAGGACUAAGGCAAUGGCUGCGAGGAGACCAAUAAUUAGGCGUAUGGAGGAUGAACCUGGAAAAGGUGAGAAAGUUGUGGAAGAAGAGAAACAAAAGAAAGAGGCUGUGGAAACAGAGGAAAAAAGCAGGGAGAAAGUUGCGGAUGAAGAGAAAAAAAAGGAAGAGGUUGUGAAGGAACAUGCUGAGGAAGUUGUUGAGGAAUACAGUGAGGAAGAAAAGCAAAGGUGGAUCAUGGUCGUUUACAAGGAAGCACCGAGUCCUUGGAUCAUGCAUAGGUGCAAGGAGAAUGUCGUUGUUGCUGCACCUAAGAAGAGUGGCAGACCAAAGAGGAAACAGUGGGUGCAGACUCCUUUCACGGAGGGGAAGAAGCGUAAAACAAAGCCUUAGGCUUUUAUGUAUUUGGGAUGAUAAGUAUUUUGGCUUUUAUGUAUUUGGGAUGUUAAGUAUUUUGGAUGUUUGAAACUUGGUAGUAGAAUGUUUGAACUGCAUAAUUUGGAUGUUUGAAACAGGUAUGGAAAACUAGAUUUACAAGUGUUACUAUGUCCAAAAACGAGUAAGAUAGAUAACUAGAAUUACUAGGUUUCUUACGCCUCAAAAGCACAAAAAAAAGAGAAAAAGAUAUACCAAAAACUAGUAAACACAUGUAAAAUACUAAAAAUGAAAAAAAAAUAUUAUUUAAAAAAGAAUUAAAAAAU